AUGAGUGAAGAUGCACACACGGUCCCUGCUCAGAGGCUUGUACCACAUUCAUGGGUCGGGUCAUGUCAUGUUCACUGUGAUCUAAAUCCAAGACGAUUAGCACCGAGUUCACCUCGGGGAUUUUGGCCUCGCAAAGAGGGCAAAUUGUCUAAUUGCAAGAAGAGGAAAUUCAGGGAGAAGGCUUGUCGAUGGAGGAAGAUAACCUGUAUAAGGAUUUUGACGCGGUCCAGAGUGUACCUGGAAAAGCAAAGCAAAAUCACAAAACGCAAAACACGUCAAGCAAAAGCACUUGAGAAUGCUAAGAAGGCCACGAGAACAUUCCUUGAGCUCUUCGAUGCUUUUGUCUAUGCUGGAACUUUCGGCUAUGAGACUUUCGAAGUACUUAUUCUUUCUGAACGAGCAAAGGGUGAUGCUGCUGGAGAGGUGUGGAACCGUUCCCGUUGUUCCAAGCAUAGUGUCGAUGCAAGAAGAGCAGAUAUGAUU